AACGUCUAUGUUGGGGAUUUUUUAAUAAUUUUACGAGGAGUAUUUGCAGUUGCUCGAAAUUGAGCAAAACAAGGAAUUUCGGAAGUCGAGGUGAGAGUCGUUCGAAAAAGUGUUCUCGUUUUAAAUAAAGUUAUCAGUCUCAGUGAAUGACUGUAUUGAAACUUAUCGGAAGAAUAAAACCCUUGUAAACGUUCAUAAAAAAAUAAUUUGUACUUAACGAGCAGAUGUAAAUAAUAGCGUGAAGUUAUGGUUAUCUUUCUGCAACUUUUGUAAAAGAACGUAGUUGAUACGUAUCUUUGCAUCCACUUCUCGCAUUUAAAGAUUUGUGGUAGUAGAAGGAUGACAUUAAUUGAAGGUGUUGGAGAUGAGGUCACAGACUUCUUUAUUGCUGUUGGAGUUCUGUUGGUGGGUUGGGUAGCAUGGUAUUCUACAAACAUCGUCGACCAACCCCUAAUACGCACAGUUCUAAUUCUGCAAAAUCGUACACGCACACGUGUCACUGAAUUAAGAUCUAAUCAUCGAUCUGUUGAUUUACCUGAUCGGCCUCCUAGUUUGGAUGCUUCCGAGCAAGAGGAAUCUGUUGAUUCAAAUGCCAAUACCACUAACACAAUUGAUACUGAAUGUCCAGCACAGUCUUCUCUUACAGCUUCAAAUGAAGCACAAAGUGAGCCUAAUGCAUCUGCACUACCAGCGACAUCAGAAGAAGUUCUUAUUGAAGCAAUGGAUUCUGAUAAUGAUAAUUCUAGGUUACAAAAGGAAACUGACAAAGUAGAUGUUACAGAUGCAGUUACUGAAUCUGAGCAAAGUGUUUCCAUCGAAGAAGAAAGACAAAAUAUAUUAUCUGAUGAUGCUAAUAAAAUUAGUAUAAAAUUGAAGUUCAUAAACGACGACCAAAAGCUAGUGACUGGAAGUUUGAAUGAAAUACUAGGGGACUUUAAAAAAAGACAUUUCCAAGUGGAACUACAGUCACAGAAGUUAGUUCGAUUAGUCUUCAAUGGACAAUUACUCCAACCUGAUACUCACACAUUAGAACGAUGUGGAUUAUAUAAUAAUUGUGUCGUUCACUGUCUCAUACAUCAGCUUCGUACCUCCCCAACGACAUCUCCUCAAGCAACAAUAUUGGAUAACACAUCCCCCAUCUAUUUCCGUCGGCGACCAUUGCAAGACAUGCCUACUGGAGCCGGUGUCCGUUUAGCGCAUAACGAAUGGGACCUAAGCGUGCUGUUAGCUAGUCUAUUGACCUUAAUGCUGGGUUUAGCUUGGUAUUCUCGUUAUUACUAUGCCCAAAUUUUCACAGCGACAACCACCCUUGCACUUUAUGGACUUACAGCAAUAUUUACCAUUUCUUUAGUAAGCCAUUUUUUACCUGAUACAGACAGUAUCAGAGACAUCGAAUAGUCAGAUAACCAUCACCUCUAAAAUUUGGGGAUUUUACUGGAAAAAUCUACACUUAUACCAUUGUUAGUUGGAUUAUUGAUUCAACUCGAUAAUGCCUUAUUUUCAUAUACGCGGAAAGCAUGCGAAAUCAACGCGAAGCGCGGAACGCGAUAGGCGCGUUAGGGUUAAGACAUUAAGGUGAUUGGUUAAGGCGUCUCUAGGCCAUUCCGCGUUCCGCACUCCGCGUCGAUUCUGCGUGCUUUCCGCGAGUAUGAAAAUAAGGCAUGACUCGAAAGAGGUAACAUGUGAUCCAACUUGUGUCGUCCAUCCGAAAUUUGAUCAAUCGGAAUCGAUUCCUUAACUAUUCUUGAAAGAAUUUAUGGAUAAGUUUCAGUUUGCAAACAAACUAACAAACUUUUGAAUGUUUUUUACAGUCAUGAUAUUUGUAUUGACAAUGUUUGAUAUCAGCAAUCUGCUUUUUCAUGUCGGACACAUUAAUGCAAAUUUAGUGGAUCCUUACUGCACCCUACAGCUGAUUUUCAGUUUAUAUAUUAAAAGUAACAUAUGUAUUAUUACCUCACGACAUUGACAGUUAGAAAUUAUAAUAAAAUAAUUCUUUGACGUUGUUUCCUAGAAAUUGUGUGCAUACGCAGCUAUAUGACACAUUGAACUUUCAUUUUUACAAGACUUCCCGCAAAAAUGGAAGCACAUAUACUACUUUUUCUCCUCAUUGAAUUGUGAGACAUUCAUUGUUUUAAAGUCAAUUCUGAUUCGACUAAUGUUAAUAAAGAUGUUAUUCGAGAAUAUAUAGAUUGGAUGAGUUAUUUAAAUAUUGAAGACAUAUAUUAACUGACAUGUAACCUAAUCCAUGCUUAAAUAGUUUGUGAUAAAAAAUUGUUCGAAAUUUAAGGUCAAUUCGCGUGGUGAUUGCACUUUAAACUUAAUACAUUUUAUGUACACCACCCAUAAACAAUUGACAUAAAUCAUAAUGGAAAUUAA